AGUGUGUGAGUAAGCGAGCCAAACAAUGGGCCUGAUUUAAGCCGGGUGGGCAGUGGAUGAGCAUAAGGCUGGGCUGAAACUUCCAUGGAACGCACCAGUGGAGGACUGGCAUUAUGAGCAGAAUACAGUGAAAGGUCUGUGACAGAAUGAGGAGAGACACGGGAAGGGUGGUGGCAUGCACCAGGACCUUAGAGUGGGGAGGGGAGGUUUGAGAUAGGGCUGGUGAGUGUGUAUGACUGAGGUCUUUUCUGCAUCUGACAGAGAAGUGUUUGUGUCCUGUUUGGAUGAGGAAUGCUGCAGUCCUGGGUGAAGGGGGGGGGGGGGGGGCAUUAUGUGGGCCUUAUGUCACAACUGGGUGUCUUGAAGCUGCACAUAGAGCUGUCGCGUCAGACGGCACACUACCAACAUGGGUGAUGGUCACAUCAGGCGUGAUGCGUGACCGGAAAAUCUCUGCAGCCAGGGCAGAAAUCCUCGUGUGUGAAACCAUCGGCAGAUAGUUCCAAUGAGUCGAAGCUGUGAUGCGUUUCUAUCCCUCUCAGCUUACUGUAGAUUUAAAUUGUAGUCUGUAUAGGAAUCAAGGAUUUUGGUGUUUGCUCAACAGCUGGAAAGCUCUGGACAAGCACAGUAUGUGGGCUUUUGUGUGUCCCAGUUGGAGGAUGAGCUCGGUGCAGACUGGGAGAGGCAGCGUGGGGAGCUUGUUCAGCUGUGCGAGGGCUCAGAGGGUUAAAUCCUGCCGAGGCUCUCUCACAAACACUCUGCAAACGUGGGCUUUUUCUCAAAUACACACAAUGAGGCUAAGAUGCCUGGGGUUGGGGCUGAGGCCACCGGCUCUUGGUUCUCACACUCUGAACCAGUACUUCAUCCCUCCAUGGGACUGUCAUGGUGCUCAGAGUGGCUGGCCGCUCCACCGCUCCACCAUCAUCUUUUCACCAUCAUCUCCAUUUUUGAAAUAUGAGGAUCCAUCGAGUCCAGCUGCUGAAAUCGUCAGACCUUGGCCGUCAUAGUCUACUCUAUCUAAAGGAGAUUGGACAUGGUUGGUUUGGCAAGGUUCUGCUGGGCGAGGUCAAUGCGGGCCUCAGCACCACCAAGGUGGUGGUUAAGGAGCUGAAGUCCAGUGCCAGUGUCCAGGAUCAGAUGCAGUUCCUGGAGGAGGUGCAGCCAUACCGAACUCUGCAGCACCCUGCCCUUCUUCAGUGCCUGGCCCAGUGCACAGAGGUCACUCCUUAUCUGCUGGUCAUGGAGUUUUGCCCUCUGGGUGAUCUGAAGAGCUAUCUGUGCAGUUGUCAGGUGGCUGACUCAGAGACUCCUGAUCCUUUGAUCCUCCAGCGAAUGGCGUGUGACAUUGCCUCUGGGCUUCUGCAACUCCACAAAUACAACUUUAUACACAGUGACCUGGCCUUGCGAAACUGCCUUCUAACUUCAGAAAUGUCAGUUAGGAUUGGAGACUAUGGCCUAUCUCACAGCCAAUACAAGGAUGACUAUUAUGUAACACAAGACCAGAUUUGGGUGCCCCUUCGCUGGAUUGCACCUGAGCUCAUAGAUGAGGUCCACGGAAACCUGCUGGUCGUUGACCAAACUAAAUCCAGCAACAUAUGGUCAUUAGGAGUGACUGUGUGGGAGCUGUUUGAGCUGGGAAACCAGCCGUACAAACAUUACUCUGACAGACAGGUGCUGACAUAUGCUGUGAAGGAACAGCAGCUCAAACUACCCAAACCCCUGCUCCAAUUUCCCCUGGCUGAGCGCUGGUACGAAGUGAUGCAGUUCUGCUGGCUGCAGCCAGAGCUGAGACCCAGCAGUGAGGAAGUCCACCUUCUGGUCACAUACUUGUGUGCCAAAGGCUCCAGUGAAGCAGAGGAAGACUUUGAACAACGUUGGAAUGCUUUGAGACCCAACCUGCUCAGCAGCCCCUCCCACACAGCUACGUCCACAGCCCUAGUUCUGACCCCUACACCCGCCUCAGCUGAUGUCCCCAGUCCAGACCAAACUCAGGCAGUGGAGCUGGCCUCCUCUGCCUCGUCCUCCUUCCCCCUCCUGGAUCAGUUCUCUGACAGCUUCCACUCAGACACAGGGGAUGACCUACUGACUGUCAUGGAGACCAGCCAUGGUCUCAACUUUGAGUACAAGUGGGAGCAGGGCCGAGCUGAACAGCCCUACUGCUCCUCCUCCACCAGUGGGACACUGGGCCAGGGGAACCCAUAUUACCAGGAUAUUUACUAUUCAAGUAAAGGAAGCCCCUCAGGGGGCGGCAAGACUGACAGCCUGACCUCAGGCAUAUCCCCAUCCUACUACGAACCUGAACACCCGGGUGUGGUCCCAGUGUUGAGUGCCCAUAGCCCCUCAGUCAGCAGUGAGUACUACAUUCGCAUAGAGGAACCAGUAGAGUGUAACAUUAACCUAGAUGACAGCGUGGUGGACUACAGCCCAGGACCGGAGGCCAGCAGCAGCAGGUUGUCCACUGAGAGUCGGACUGGUUCAUCCAUUGCCCAGCCCAGUGCUUACUGGUCAACUGACAACAACACAUCUGCUGCCCAUGACUCUGAUUCAAGACGCACUGUCCAACUAACCAUGGAGCCACUGCAGAGACAGUCAUCCAGCACCAGCCCUGUAAAGCUUGACCACUUGCAAAACUGCUUCUUUUCCAGUCAGGCCAACAAGGUCUACUCUGAACAGUCAUCAGCAUGUAAGGCACGUCAAUCCUGUAUGUCUGAACUAAAUACAUUGCCAGAGUCCAAAUCUAACAUUUACCAUCCAGUGGGGCAUUUAGAAAAUCCGCACAGUUUGUCACAUCCAGUCAGCAGCCCCAGCUUAGGGUUCUGCGAUCCCUACCUUGAAGCGAGCACAGGUCGUAGCACGGUUAAUGAAAGCCAUAAUAUGAUGGGUCCUCUCAGAAAGACACUACCCAUCGUUAACCACAUUAGUAUUGAUGUAGAGACUGAGGACGGCCUGCUGGUGGGCCAGCAAAGAGGUGAGGAUAUCGAAGAUGACCUUUUCUCUGGGGGAGAGGCCACUAACUGGACCUCAAACCAUUCAGCUAACAAUAAUAGUCUGAGGUUUGACAGCAGGCAGACAGGCAGUGGGCAUGACGACUAUCUGGACCUUCAAUAUACUGCUCACUCUAACACAACAGAAUUAUGUUCUUUAACCAAGGCCAACACCAGAACCUUCCACAGCUCCAGGUCUUGUGGCACCAGGGAGGCUGAAAGAGGAGACUCUGGUUGUAAUGCUUUUAACAAGGCCACUGAAUUAGGUUCAUACAUUCGAUUAUGUCCCAAAGAAAGGGAGGGAGCUGCUACUCAGUCAAAAAUUAACGUAACUGCAGACAAUCGAAGAAGAAUUGAUUCUUUAACCAGCUCAAGUAGUAAUGCCAGAGAUAAAGAGAGUGAAAAAGUGGAGGGAAAAUGUGAAAAACAAUUGUUGCUUAAUGGAGAGAGACUGUACUCUGAGCCUAAGAUGAUUCCUGAGGCAAGCUAUAUAAAGUCUCCAUCCUCUUUCAAGGAGCCUCAGACUGAUCAAACAGGAGCCUUGUCAGCCAAGCAGAGAGGUAACAUUUGGAAGGGGAUUUCAACAGGAAUCUCUGUUGGCCUGGGAGACAAAAAGCUAAACUAUCCAGAGACAUCACAAAGUAGCACAGCGUUGGACAGUGGAUUGGGGGUUAAAGACUCCAGCACUUACCUGGCUGAGCUUGGUGACUUCAGUGAGGAUGAUGACGAUGACAUCACCUAUAUCACGUCGGGGAUCUUUGCCGACUUCAACCUGGACUAUGCUGAGCUAGAGGAGGAAGAGCUAAGCCCAUUGAAGCAUCCAGAGGGAACUCAUGACUCUGUAGACACCCUUAACCUUUCCUCAUCAAUGGCAAGCCCCUGUGAUCAAGCCUUCAGCCCUGAUCCCUUCAAUACCCCUGUCCUACCCAAAUCUCUGGACAGUGGCUACGACACGGAGAACAACGAAUCACCAGAAUUUCUCUUCAAAGAGCUUGGAGAUCCCCGGGGUGGUGAGAGGAGCCCUAGGCUGGGAGGAGAACCUGAGCUAGUUCUGCAGGUGGGUUUGGGCCAAAGGAUCUGCACGUCCACAGGCACCUCGGAACUAAAGAGACUGACUGAUAAGAACCCAUACAGGGACUCAGCUUAUUUCUCUGACUAUGAUGCUGAAAAUGAGAGGAAGACUCAAGAGGAAGGCAAUACGUUUUUUGCAGUUUUAAGUAACUGUGACUACCCUACUGAGAAAUUGAGCUCGAUCAAAGUUGAUGAUCUUGUCAAAAGGCAAUUCAACAAAGAACAUUUAACAAAUCGGAGACACAUCAAAAGUUGUGCAUUGGUGAAUCUCUCAGAGGGUGAGCCUAGUUCACACCAUCCCCUUCAUACCCCUGGGUUCUCCAUGCUGUCACCGUUUCCUCCACAGAUGGGCGGCUGCCUGACUAAAGAGUCUUCCCCUGCAGAUGAUGAUCUUGGAUUGGAGUCAGAACACUCGGGAGAGGAACCUUCCUCAGAUCUGUGCUCCUCCAUUGGGUCCGAAGCCCCUUCCACUGUCCAGGAGGCCCCAGGAAACCAUGAGGAUGGGAAUAGAAGAGCAGAAGAUUGUUCCCCUGUCCAGUCUUUGCGUUCGGACUCCACCAUAACCGAAUAUAGAGAUGAGGCCACCAAAGAAAAGGAAAAUGGUGAUGGAUCCACAGACUCCACAGAGGAGGAGCUGCCCGAAUUCAUUCACAUCAAGGAAGAGGAGGAGGACAGAAGGGAGGGUGUGAGGAUAAACGAGGAAGAUUUUGAGGACAUAGACGCAGGGGAAUGUGACUCACAGGACAGCUUAUGUGAAGAAUCCAACGGCCCCGCCGAUCUGUCCUCUUCCUCGUCAUUGUUGGAGCUGUGUGGAGAAAACGUGAGAGCUCCGCUAGAAGAGGCGGAGGAUGAAGAUGACUCUGAUGAUAGCGAGUCUGAUGAAGAGUUGAGGACCUAUAACAUCCAAGAUGAAGACAGCGGGGAGAGUGAGGAUUUUGCCAUAGUGCCAGUGGUGGUAAGCGACUGCAGCAGGGCUAGACACCUCCGCAGCCUCCUGAAGAUGCCCACCCUGCUCACCCAGUCCUUCUGUGAAGAGUUGGAAAGGAAGAAAAAAGCUGUGUCCUUUUUUGACGAUGUUACAGUGUUCCUUUUUGACCAGGAGAGCCCCACGGGGGAGCUGGCUGACUACGCCUUCUCCGCAGGUACAGAAUCCAGUGGGCAGGAGUCCACAGAGGAAAAAAACACUGACCACCAACUUCAAUCUGACCCUGAACUUGAAGCUCAAUCCUGUGAAUCAUUCUGUCUUUCUGAAGAAACUGAUGGCAACAACUCAGAAGAGGGUGGGGGUUAUGAAUGGCAAGAUGACCUCUCGUUCAAGCCCUGCCUGUCCUCACCUGACACCAUACCUGAACCCCCGUCCUCACCCACAUCCACCGACAACAGUCCUGAGGCUCCUAAACCUGUAGCUGUAGCACUUAACCGUUUCAUGGUCUCACGAUUCUCCAUCACACAUGUCUCCGACCCUCACGUGGGCUCAACAACAGGGAACAGUGAAGAUGAGCCAAAAGAUUGAGUGCCCCACGGUCCUGACUGGAGGAGGAUGAGUCCUGGUCCUUCUCAACACAGAAAAGCAGCAUUAUUAUAUCUAGAUGUUUUACAGACUUUUAUUUUUAUCAACGUUUGGGGCAUCUUUAUGAGACAGUGCCUCAUAUGGUAGACCCUUAAUGAUUUGCACCUUUUUUGUGGAAACAAA